CAUGUAGAAACGUACAUAUUCAUAAAAUUGUAUAGGGCAAAGUGUGACAAAUUGUAAAAGCACUUCAAAUAAAAGUAACGGCGCAGUAGUCGAGUAGUGUCAGAUAUUGAUAACACCUUGAUUUCCAGGCACGUGUAACUAAACUAGCCAUGGAAUAUAGCAAGCUGCCCCCAAAUCCGCCGCCGUACUCACCUGAGCAGCCCGGCAUGAGGGCAGCCCCCAGUGCUCCGCCAAGCGAAAUGAUUCAUGUUGCACCGAUGUAUAACCCGCCGGUCACCGUGGUAAACCAAGCCCCACCGAUCACCGUAUUGAACCAGACCAGCACGGUUCUUAUCGAUAACAACUCGGGAAACGGCAUGAUUUGUCCACAUUGCCAUGCUCGCAUUCGCAUGCGUGUGGAGCACCAUGCGACAUGCACCACAUAUAUGUGGUCCGCUAUACUCUGCCUCUUUUUCUGCUGGCCCUGCGUCUGCUUGCCCUGCUGCUGCGAUUGCGGCUAUAAAACCAGCCAAUACUGCCCGAACUGUAAGGCCUGCCUGGGCAGAUUCUAAAACGAUUCUUGGACAGGAAACUGCGAAGCUCAGUCAAAAAUACAAAGAAAUCACGUACAUUCAUAUUUGUACAUGCCAAUAAGCAGAUAAACUCUAACUACAAAAGCACAUAUAUAUAUAUAUAUUAUAUACAUGCAGAUAUAUUCCAUAUAUGGGCAUUCUAACAAAGAAUAUACAUACGUUACGUACAUUUGAUUUAUAAAAACGGAAGAUAAAGUCGCGGCUCUUGAAAUGAAACCCUUGCUUAAAGCUCCAACCGAAGCAAGCUUCUAUAAACAAUUCGUUUCAAUAAGUAAAAAAAUAAAUAAAGUAAACAUCAUUCAAAGUAAACAGAAAAUUUCCCUGUCAACGUACGGCCUCGUAUAAACACAUAACUAUGCAUAUAUUAUAUUUUUCUGAAAAAUACAAAAUAUAUUUAACGACACCCCA